AUGGAUCUUGCUUACGAUCGCAUUCAGGAGGAGGCCCUUUCCCCAGAAGAGCAUGCCGACGAACAAGAGCCGAAGCCUGAGACAACCACGCUCAAUUCGGACUUCCAAGAGGCCUACAAAGCCAUCUCUUUGAGCCCCUGGGGAGCUAGAUUAGGUGGAUUCUUUGGAAGUGUUGUCAAACAGGGCGAGUCGGUGUACAAAGAAGCCCAACAAGAGCUCUCAGCCGUCGGUGAGGAAGCCUCGAAAGGUCUCACCGAUUUGAGAUCAUCGAUUAUCAACCGCACCAGAGGCUUAUCCCUAGGGCAACCUCAUACGGCUGGUGAACAAGCCGGAAAAGACAAAGAUGGAGAGAAGAAAGAGAUGCCAACAGAUGAAGUAUUGGCGGAAUCGGAAGGCGUUCUUGCCAGACUACGGACGGAAGCUGCCAGAAGAUUGAAGGAAAUUGAGAAGGCAGAAGAUGCGGCAGAUGAGGCACUUCUGAAGUUUGGGACAAACUUACGGAACUUUUUGAAAGACGCUGUCACCAUCGCUCCUCCUUCCGAGGAGGCUGGGCAAGGCAAUACUGUGCUGUUCGAGAGUAAAGAUGCAUCUGGCAAGCGAGUUAUCCACAUGACAAGAUUUGAUGCCCAGCUUCACGUUAUCCACUCUUCUACGGACAGCUUCACAAAGGAUCCAGUUAGCGAGGAGUACGAACCGUGGACCAAAACGUUUGAUUUGGACAGCAAGACAGAAGACAUAAGCAAGGAUUUGGAGAACUUUGCGGAGUUGAGAGCCUCAAUGGAGAAGUUAGUGCCGGAUACAGUACCAUACGGUGAUUUCUGGAAGCGCUACUAUUUCCUCAGACAUAGCAUCGAGACGGCCGAGGCCCGUAGAAGAGACUUGCUUAAGGGAGCUACUGCGUCCACUGAAGAGGAAAUAGGAUGGGACGAAGAUUCUGAUGACGAGACGAGUACGAAAGUUCCGAAAUCGAAGGUCGAGCCUGCCCGCCCGGCUUCGACUACAUCGUCUACAACUCUUCACCCAGCAACCCAAGCCCAAGAAACUGCACUUCUCAAGCCUGAGGAAUCACGCAAGUCCCAUGACGAAAAGUCACAAGCGGAUAGUGAUGGAAGCUACGACGUCGUAGGCGCAGCUUCAGGCGCGCCAAGCCAUGCUCCUGGUAGUCCAAAAGAUUCUCGAAAGGGGGACGAUAGUGAGGAAGAGGACUGGGAAUAG